AAUAUACGUACGAAGGUGUAAAGCAAAUGGCCAGAAAUGUCAGUUCCAAGCUGACAGUUGUCUGUUUUACUGUGGAUUUCUCCAUUUCGUUUUGACAUUUGGCUGGCACACUGUUGACGUUUACUACACUCCAUCACUGUGGCCAUUGUGUCCGUCCACUUGCACACGAGUUGUGUGUUGCCUACAGAGCUGUUGCUUUGUUUAUUCUAGUAAAGUUUCGUAACAAUUUGGUUUUCUAUUUUGUUAUUGUGAAGUGUUUUGUUUGUGUUUGAAGUAGUAUUGUUCGAUUGCUGCUGCUGUUUAACUAUAAAUUCUUAGAUUUUUUUCCUGCUGAAUUAAAAACAAAAGGCACAAACAUAAAAAAUGUCAUGUACGAGUAGAAUUAUCCUCCAACUUUUGGUUAUCUGCACUGCGUUGUGUGGCACUGCCUUGGCUAUCAAUUGUUACGUCUGUGAUGCCUCCGACACCCAAACGCCCUUCCAGUGUGGCGAAUGGUUUGAACGUUUCGACGAGCCAGACAUACAGCCGCAGAAUUGCUCGAAUGUGCACGAUGCCAAGUUCUGUAUUAAGCAUAUCGGCCGCUAUGAGGGUGGCAUAGGCGCGAAGCGAUUCUGCUCCUCAAAGGAUUUGGGCAACUAUUGUGAUUAUGUGAAGAACAAAGGUGAUCGCAUGGAUUAUCGUUCGUGUAUCUACACUUGCAGCACAGAUGGAUGCAAUGGAGCGAGUAGUUUGAGGCCUUGGAUAGCCGCCAUUGUGGCGUCAUUGUUGUUGGCGGCCAGGUUUUGGCGCUGCUGAGCGAAGUGGUCAAUAAUAAGUCAAGCCAUGCGUGAAAAUGACUAGUAAAGUGCCUUCGCUGCCGCUGUCGCUCGAAUUGUUAGUAUGACGAAGAACAAAUUUUUGCUACACCAAAUAGUGUUUGAAAAAUAUUUUAAUUAAAAUUAUAAAUAAAUAGUAAUAAUAAGGAAUAAUAAAUUUUAAUAUUUUAAAUAAAAUUUACAAUUAAAAUGCA